AUGAGUUCAAAUCGUCAUUGGAUGUAUACACGAAUUAGAAAUGGUCUUCUCACUGAAGAGUUUUUGGCUGGUCUUGAAACUUUCAUCCAAUUUGCUACUAGUCAACAUAGUUGGAUGGACGGGGAAAGAAUUAAAUGUCCAUGUAAUCAACGCAAGUGUCAAAACACCAAGUAUUUAGAUGUGCCUACCGUGAAAUUUCACUUAGCAAAAUAUGGAUUUGUGUCGGACUACUAUGUUUGGCGCUUCCAUGGCGAGUGCAAUGUGAGUGUAGAUGUUGAUCGAGACGUUGGUGGCCCAUCUCAAAUGGCUAGUGAAGAAGCAUCUAAUGCUUACCACACAAUGGUUAUGGAUGCUGCUGGUCCCGAAUUUAAUGUGGAUGAAAUAGAGGAAUCGCCAAAUCCCGAUGCCCAAAAGUUUUAUGAUAUGCUGAAAGCUGCAGAUCAAGAGUUGUGGCCUGGGAGUAAAAAACACUCGCAGUUGUCUCUUGUAGCUCGACUUAUGAGCUUGAAAUCAGAGAAUCACAUAUCAGAAAAAUGUUUCAAUCAAUUCACUGAACUUUUGAAAGAAGUUGUUCCGGAGGAUAAUCUAGUUCCUGACAACUUCUACGAAACCAAAAGGCUAUUACGGGGUAUGGGAUUGCCGGUUCAGAAGAUUGAUUGUUGCAAGAACAACUGCAUGAUAUAUUGGGAGUCAGAUAUAGAUAUGACAACGUGUAAGUUUUGUGCCCACCCUCGAUUUAAACAAACUUCUCGUGGUGCUACAAAACGACAGAAAACUAAUGUAGCAUACAAAAAAAUGUAUUACUUUCCUUUGGUUCCUCGACUGCAGAGGUUGUAUGCAUCUAAUGCUACAGCAAAUGAUAUGAAGUGGCAUGCAAAUUCAGUUGAAGAUGGAAUCAUGCGUCAUCCCUCAGACUCGCUUGCUUGGAAGCAUUUUAACAACACUUAUCCUGACUUUGCAUCUGAAAUUCGAAAUGCCAGGUUAGGUCUGUGCACCGAUGGUUUUCAACCAUUUGGACAGUCAGGACAACAGUACUCCUCAUGGCCUGUGAUACUAACAACGUACAACUUGCCUCCUUGGAUGUGUAUGAAGGAGGAGUAUAUGUUCUUGACCGUAUUGGUUCCAGGUCCAAAAAAUCCAAAAGAGAAGAUAGAUGUUUUUUUACAACCGCUUAUUGUGGAGUUAAACCAAUUAUGGGAAGUCGGUGUUCAAACAUAUGAUAUUUCAAAGAAGCAGAAUUUUCAGAUGCAAGCUGCCCUUUUGUGGACAGUUAGUGAUUUUCCUGCAUAUUCGAUGUUAUCCGGGUGGAGCACUGCUGGGAGGUUAGCUUGUCCAUAUUGCAUGGACAAGUCGGAUGCCUUCACCCUAAAACAAAGUGGUAAGCAAUCGUGGUUUGACAAUCAUCGAAAAUUUUUGCCACCGAAUCAUCCAUUUCGCAGGAAUAAGACCGCAUUCUUUAAAAAUAGAGCGGUUACAACUGAGGCACCGCCUGUUCGGUCAGGAUAUGAUAUCCUUGCAGAGAUCGAGACUUUGGGCCUUAAGAAGGUCACUGAAUUGGAUGCAACUGAAGUUAAUGGAUUAAUUUCCAAAACUUGCGGUUGGAAGAAGCGAAGUAUCUUUUGGGAUUUGCCGUAUUGGAGUUCACACUUGGUACGGCAUAAUUUGGAUGUCAUGCAUAUAGAAAAAAAUGUGUUUGAUAACGUGUUCAACACAGUAAUGGAUGUUACUGGAAAAACAAAGGACACAUAUAAAUCUAGAGAAGAGCUGAAUGAUUAUUGUCAGCGGCCGGAGCUGAAGCAAGACCUUGUGACCCGAAAGUUCCCAAAAGCUUGUUACACACUUGACAAACCGGCAAGGGAAACAUUGUGUGAAUGGGUUAGGAAUCUCAAAUUUCCUGAUGGUUAUGCAUCGAAUAUGAGUCGAUGCGUAGAUAUGAAGAAGUUGAAGUUGUUUGGUAUGAAAAGUCACGACUGUCAUGUGUUUAUGCAGAGGUUAAUACCAAUCGCAUUUCGUGAGUUGCUCCCGCUAAAUGUUUGGAAAGUUCUUACAGAGUUGAGUUUAUUCUUUAAGAACCUUACUUCCACUACAAUUGCAGUGGAGGAAAUGACGAAGCUUGAGAAUGACAUACCUCUCAUUCUAUGUAAACUUGAACGUAUAUUUCCACCUAGUUUCUUCGACUCUAUGGAGCAUCUACCAAUCCACUUAGCUUAUGAAGCAAAGAUUGCUGGUCCAGUUCAAUAUAGGUGGAUAUACCCUCGAAAAUUGAAAAAUAAUGUCAAAAAUAAAGCAAAAGUCGAGGGCUCUAUAUCCAAUGCAUAUUUGGUGGAAGAAGCAUCAUCAUUCUGUUCAUACUAUUUUGAGGACCAUGUUAGCACGAAGCACAGAAACGUGCCUCGAAAUGCAAAUAGUAGUGAAUAUGUAGGUGACGAACAUGAAGAAACUCUUUCUAUAUUCAAGUAUCCGGGUCGAGCAUUUGGUAAAGCAAAAGCGAGAUAUAUGACAGAUGAAGAGUAUAAAGCUGCUCAAACCUAUGUGUUAUUAAAUUGUUCAGAAGUGGAGUCAUUUAUGGAGUAA